CGUUCAUUACCGGACGCUAAUCAGAUUGUUCUUUUCCAAGUCCCAAGUGAUACAAUUUGGGGGGGAGUGAGGUUGUAAUGUAACAAUGGCGCCUCUGAAACAUCUGGAGAAGGAGAAUCCAUUCAUUGACGCCUCUUUCCGACAUUUUUGCGCCUCGCAUGGAAUUCUAACAGUUGAGGAUUUUCUUCUUCAUGAUCUCUACCAACUUGCUGCAUUUGCUGAUAGACAGAAAAAUGCAGAUAGAUUGAAAGAGGGUAUCACUGUCAUGCUUUCUUUGGUAGAACUUCGGUGUCGGCCAUGGUUGAAUGGUAUGGAACUGUUGGAGGAUCUACAGCGUAAUAAACAAACAUUAUCGUCCGGAGACAAAGGGGUGGACUCAUUGCUUAAAGGUGGAUUCCGUGAGGGUCAGCUGACCGAACUUGUCGGACCUUCAUCUUCUGGUAAAACGCAAUUUUGCAUGCAAGCUGCUGCAAGCGUGGCAGAGAAGCAUGCUGGCAGAGUCUUGUAUUUAGACACGGGGAACUCUUUUUCUGCUCGACGCAUUGCUCAGUUUGGCUCAAGUUCGGAAACUUCUUUAGGACAGAAAGUAAUCAGCAGAAUAUCAUGUCACACAGUGUAUGACAUCUACACAAUGCUUGAGAUACUGCAAGGUUUAGAUGUUACUUUGAGGUCGCAGGUGCAGACGAAUGUGAAUGAACAACGGUUACGGUUGUUAGUUGUUGAUUCAAUCUCUUCUUUGAUAACCCCAAUCCUUGGAGGCAGUGGCUCACAGGGACGCGCUUUGAUGGUGGCCGUUGGAUAUAUGCUUAAGAAGCUGGCACAUGAACAUAGCAUCGCAAUACUGGUGACGAACCACACUGUGGGUGCUGGGGGAGAAGGCGUUAAAACCAAACCAGCUCUCGGGGAAACAUGGAAAAGCAUCCCUCACGUGAGACUUAUGUUAUCGCGUGACCAUAAGAACAGCAACUGCACCAUCUCCAUCUUGAAACACACAUCCAUGCCGUCAGGCCAAACUGUGAGGACCACGAUUCGCAAGGACAAUCAACAAUGUGUAUAGGCCUCCUUGGCUAAUAAUCUGCAACCAUCGUUAGGAUGUGCUAGAUGAGAACCACCAUAUCUGACGAAAGAACCAAUAAUCAUAUGGAUUCUUGUUUCAGUUUUUAAAUGUAGAAUUAUAUUGCAACAACUAAAACAUAAAGGAUUCAAUAGCGUUUUAUCAAGAGAAAUAUGUAAUGCUACAACAUUUGUUUAACAACAA